AGUGGGGAGUGAGAAAACAACCAUAAACACAUUUGAACUCUUUGACUACUAAGCAAAUGAAAAAAGUUUGAAUUUUUUACUCUCCAAAGUUUUGUGAAUGAGCAAAAUCUUUCAUGCCUUAUGGAUUAUAAAAUAAAUUGAGUGGGAAAGAUCUUUAAAUUUUCCAAAUGCCAAGUCAAACUUUGUUUACAUUAGCCCCACCAUAUAAUUAGCCAAUAGCAUAAUAGGAUUAAUAGCCCACCAUACCAUAUUAAGGUCUAUAAAAUUCAAUUAAGAUACAUAAACCUAUUCAAUCAACCAUUCAAAAAAAAAAAAAAAUAAAUAAAAACCUAUUCAAUCAAAAUAUAAAUUUUAAUUUCAUGUCCAUCUCCAACCGCUACUUGAACGUGCACAUACAGUCAAUUGCCGUCAAUCAAGCAGCAACUUUUCCAUUUACAAUUUCUCACUAUAUUGUCAUCUAUCCCUAACCAAUCCUUUUAAAUAAAUACACUCGCAAAUCACAAUACAAUAAUACGACUCAAACAUAACAAUAUUAAAUCUCGUCUACACCAUUACCCUCUAUGAAUCGCUCAACAACACGUGUUAUUGCGCGCCUACCAUGAUCCCGAGUACACUGGAUAUCCCUCGGGAAGAUUUAUACUCCGUAUAUAAUAAACCGAGCAGGCGGUAGAAGAUAAAGAAGAGAGAGAGGCGUGCCUUCACGAUUUCCUUCCCUUAAAAACAGAAAAUUGAUUAGCUCUUUGCACGUUAAUUAAACUACACCCAUCACUUUCACUUCCUACUUCUUUUCUCUCUUUUAAACAAAUCAAUCUUUCAACUUUUUUUCUCCAAUUUUCACUCUCUCUUUCUCUCUCUUCAAUCUCUCUCUAUUUUAAUUUUUCUGGGUUCUCUGUUUUUUCAUCAUCCCCUGUUUCUGUAAACCUUAAUUGUUGGAUAAUAUGAGGACACUUUGCCCUAAUUUUGACAGAGAAGAUGGGCUUGAAACUGUAUUAGAAGUCCCAAUUCCUGAAGAAAUGUUUCCUUCUGCUAAGAAUAAAUGGCCUAAUAUGAAAUCUUGGAUGAAAACUAACCCUGGUAGAGCUCCUGCUAGUUUACCUUUUGCUGAUAGAAACUCUCAAAUUCAGCUUCUUCUUGGUGUAAUUGGUGCUCCAUUGAUCCCUCUCCCAAUUCCUGCUGAUCAUAAGGUUAACAAAUGCAUCAAAGAUCACCCAAUCGAAUCAUCAAUGGCGAAAUACAUAAUUCAUCAGUACAUUGCAGCAAUGGGAGGAGAGCAUGCUUUGAAUUCGAUUGACAGUAUGUAUGCAAUGGGAAAGGUGAAGAUGACAGCGUCAGAAUUCAGUGCAGGCGAAGGGUUAUCAGUGAAUAACCCGAAAGCGGAUAAUAAGGUGGUGAAGGUUAAAGGAGCCAAGAAUGGUGGUGAAGUUGGUGGAUUUGUUUUAUGGCAAAAGAAGCCUGAUUUGUGGUGCUUAGAGUUGGUUGUUUCUGGUACUAAGAUUAGUGCUGGGAGUGAUGGGAAGGUUGCUUGGAGGCAGACACCUUGGCACAACUCCCACGCCUCCCGAGGCCCGCCGCGACCUCUCAGACGUUCAUUACAGGGUCUUGAUCCGAGAAUGACAGCAAAUCUAUUCACUAAUGCUCUCUGCAUUGGCGAGAAAGUAGUACACGACGAAGAUUGCUUCGUGCUAAAGCUAGAAGCCAAUCCCUCAACACUUGAAGCAAGGAGCAGCAGCAAUGUAGAGAUAAUCCGCCACACAGUUUGGGGCUACUUCAGCCAAAGGACAGGACUUUUGAUCCAGUUAGAGGACACUCACCUUCUAAGAAUAAAGACUUCGAAGAGUGAUAGCAUUUUCUGGGAGACCACGAUGGAGUCCCAUAUCCAAGACUACCAAACAAUAGAUGGUGUUAACAUAGCACAUGCCGGAAAAACUUCAGUCUCAUUGUUUAGAUAUGGGGAGAACUCUGACAAUCAUUCAAGAACGCGUAUGGAGGAGGUUUGGACCAUUGAAGAAGUGGACUUCAACAUCAAAGGACUGUCCAUGGAUUGUUUCUUACCCCCCGCUGACCUAAAAAAAGAGGAUGAAGGAUUCACGACUGUUGUGCCAAGCACCAUAAAACCAACCACUAAAACGCUAUGUGCACCAAAGGCUGCAAACACAAAGGUUAGCACAGCUAAGGUUGCUGCUGUCGACGAUCAUCAUUCAGAGAAUCUGGAUGGGAGCGAAAGGAUGUAAACUCCCAAUCCCAACCAUCAAUUUUGUGCAUCUUUCUGUACAUAUGAAAUUACCCGAGUGAAUUGUACAGCCAUGACUAACAGGAAAUCUAGGACUGCUCAACAAAAGCUGAGCAUCACAUGUAUAGACCUUCCCAACUGAUUGACCAAGUUAGUCACGACUGGACAUUCACGUUCCAUGAUGUAGCUAUACACAAGUUAUAGUUUCCGGUAGAGGACUUUCUUAAAGGCUUGUGUUUUAUGGAAGUCUAGGCCUCUCGGAAUUUAUGUCAUGAUCUAUAUA